UUUUUUUUUUUCUCUCUCUCUCUCUCUCUUUGAUUCUCAUUAUUUCAGAAAUGGCUAGUACAGAUCAACCAGCUGGUACCAUUGGCGAUUUAUUCCUACGUUUACGCUAUGCAACGGACCCUACAGCAGACACCUUUUUCGAAUGGCAGGGCUCUGUAUUUGCGUUUGUACCUGGAGAACCUCCCAAGAAGGUUUUCAAUGUCGUUGGUAUGAAUGUGGCCAAAGCUUCGGUGGACAAGGACACUCAACAACUCAAGAUGACCAGUCGAGAACUUACUUAUUAUUUGUCACCAGAUAAUGAGAACAAAAAACUGGAAACUUGGGAUAAUCCAUGGACAAAGGAAAAAGAUUUACCAGUCAUCCACAUUGCCAAUGACCCUGUACAAAUGGCUUUACCUGCUAAAGCUCCUUUGACUAUCAAUACCAAUCCUUACGGCUCAACUUCUGCUAUUGUUACCGAGAUUCCCUUAUUUUAUCCUAACCCAUUAGCUACUGAAGAUGGUAUUUAUGAUGAUUAUGAUUCUACAAAGAUGUAUCAAGCGGCGGAAUGUUUUACCUUUAGAUGUGCCACCGAUGAACUAUAUAAGAAGGAAACGAUUGAACAAGUGGAUAUUAACUGGACUCGAGUAUCACCUCCAGCCCCAUUUAUGAAGAUGGGACAAUAUCAAAAACAACAAAGUAAAAAUGGUGGUUGCUAUUUGGUAUAUCAUUGUACUGGUUACAAACUACCUCCAGGAUCAGAUUAUCAUGCUUUGAAGAGCUCAGUACUUCGUCAUGAAAUCGAACAUGUUGUGCCAUCUUAUUCUCAAGCUCCUGAAUCCUUUGAUCCCAAAGUCCGCGGUGUCUCUAGUUGGACUUACUUUAAACAACAUUAUGAUCGAUAUCAACAUGAUCCUCAUACUACUUGGCCUAUUCCUGAAAAUCAUCAAUGAUCCAAUGAUAUUAUCUUUUUUUGGUAGUUAGUUGUCCUUCUAUAUACAUUUAUCUAUAAAAUAAAAAAAAAAUAG